UGAAGAUGAAGAUGAAGGUGGCACUACAGCUGCAUCUUUAAUGUAAAACCUUAUCUAAUCGUUACCAUCCACUGGCCAUUAGUGACUUGCCUUCAGCGUGGGUCUCCUUCCUAGUCCCACACUUCGAAUAAUUAUCUUGUGUAUAUAAACAGACGUUGAAAAUGUUCACUAGUAUACCAACCAUUUCUAAGAUCAUCAUCAAAGAUUUUUUAUAUGAUCAUGGGUAGAGUUACCGGCAGAAAUAAUAAGCCAAUGGGUCGUCGGAUAUUAACUGGAUUUGAAGAUGAAUUACCAAACUUUUUUUCAUCAUCAAUUCAUGUUGAUGAUGAUGCUGUGGAUAUUACUGAUGAUAUGGUUCUAGCGUUUUUUGAUGGUGAUCAAGAGAAACCGUCUUCAUCCGAUGGAGGAGAUGAGGAUGAUGAAGGAACGGAAGAGAACGUCGAGGAGAGAAAAGCUUUCUGGGAUAAUCAACACCAACUUCUCCAUGCAACAAUUACAAAAAGUAGUCCUCUGGAAUCGAGUAUCCGGAACGCAACCAAACAGGCUCUAAAAGAAUCCAAGUUGAUCACCGGAACUAUUUGUAAAUGUGGAAUUUUAGCCGAUGGAUGUCGGAAUUGUAUGCUGAGACAUGUCUCCGAUCGUUUAUGCGCUGCAGGUUUUGAUGCCGCAGUUUGCAAGUCUAAAUGGAGAAGUUUUAAAAACAUUCCAUCAGGUGAACAUAUGUAUGUAGAUGUGAUGGACAAUAAUUCAAGUUCUAAGAAGAAAGGAGAAGCUAUCAGAGUUGUAAUCGAGUUAAAUUUUAGGGCGGAAUUCGAGAUGGCCAGGGCAAACAAUGACUACAAUCGAUUAAACAGCCGGUUGCCGGAAGUAUUUGUGGGCAAAGCUGAAAGAUUGCGCACAUUGAUUAAGAUAAUGUGUGGUGCUGCUAAGAAAUGCAUGAAAGAAAAUAAAAUGCAUAUGGGUCCAUGGAGAAAGCAGAAAUACAUGGAAGCUAAAUGGUUUGGGACAUGCGAAAGAACAUCGUCCAUUAUUUCAUCUCUAAAGCAGGCAUUUUCCAGUUAUCAGUCUGAUGUCAGGCCGAGAACUUCCCUGUUGUCAUUUGAUCUGGUUGAGAGAUUACCUACGAUGCACUGCAGCACUGCUGUUGAAGUUUCGUGAUUUUGUAUUAUUCCUUUUGUAAACAAACAUUUAUUCAAUUUUGCAAUGUAAAUUGCCCUGCAGAGCAAGUGUGAAAUUCAAAUAAGAAACUGCCAGGUUCUAAUAAUCCCUGCUGCACAUUGGUAUGCC